AUGACUGAUCAACAUUCUGGAGGUACGGAGUCUACUCUAACCCCAUCCUCGCCCUAUACGGAUAUCUUCUACUUUGCCAUCAAUGCCACAGAGGCAGUCACUGAUAACUUCUGGCUAAUUUGUCCUGGAGGCUCUCGCAUUCGAUUGGGCGAAGGUGACCCACGCCUGGAGCCCACCCAUCUCUACCUCAGCUGUGAGCCGACCGACGAGCGUCUGAGAGAAUCGGUGGACAACAAUGCGGACUGCGCCAUAAUUCUUCCUAGAUCUCCCUCUACAUUCCCGCCGGUAGAGGUUCCCGAACGGGGACAGCCUGAGUUUUGCUACGUGGAUCUUCGAACUGUCGACAACAAAUUUGGCUCGUAUCUGAAAGAUCUCACUGACCUUCGCUGGUGCGAACAAAACAUCCUAGGCGCCAACUUCAAGGUUCCGAAUAUGUCACGAGAUGGUGUAUUCACUGUUAUGAUAGAUGUCCUUGGAAGAGUUAAGACCGUAAGCAUUGAUCUACUGCACUCGGAGCCUCACCGUUGGGCGUACAUGGGAGCUUUACUCGCGCGUCAUAUCUGGACCUACAUCCUGGAACUGCAGCGCGAAGCCGAGCUUGAGAUUGUGGCGGCCGGUGACCCGAAUGCUGUAUCUGCGAUUGCACGAGCCCUCUAUAACAUGGAUGACCGGUCCGUCAGGCUUCUAGGCUUAGUUUGGUUUGAGGAACAUAGUGCUUGGGUCCCAAUUUUGGGAUACACUCCUGAACCGCACGACUCGUUGAUCAAGAGCCUUUCAAUCUCAUAG